UCUGCCGCCGCUCGGGCCCCGGACGCUGGGCGGGAGGUGCUGCCUCCCCCCUCCUGCCGCAGUGGAAGGUCCCGCGCAUCCCGGAAGGGGGAACAGGCCUCUUCCGCCUGCCGGGACCCAGCCGCAGCCGCCACCAUGACCGCCACGCUGCGCCCGUACCUGAACGCGGUGCGCGCCACGCUGCAGGCCGCGCUGUGCCUGGAGAACUUCUCCUCGCAGGUGGUGGAGCGGCACAACAAGCCCGAGGUGGAAGUCAGGAGCAGCAAAGAGCUGCUGUUGCAGCCGGUGAUCAUCAGCAGGAACGAGAAGGAGAAGGUCCUUAUCGAGGGCUCCAUCAACUCCGUGCGCGUCAGCAUCGCGGUGAAGCAGGCCGACGAGAUCGAGAAGAUCUUGUGCCACAAAUUCAUGCGCUUCAUGAUGAUGAGGGCCGAGAACUUCUUCAUCCUGCGCAGGAAGCCCGUGGAGGGCUAUGACAUCAGCUUCUUGAUCACAAACUUCCACACGGAGCAGAUGUACAAGCACAAGCUGGUGGACUUUGUCAUCCAUUUUAUGGAGGAGAUUGACAAAGAGAUCAGUGAGAUGAAGCUCUCUGUCAAUGCCAGGGCCCGCAUCGUGGCAGAGGAGUUCCUCAAGAAUUUUUAGGCCGUGGUGCAGGACCCCGCGGCCCUGGAUGCCUGUGCCCGCCGGGCCCCCCGCCUGCAGACCCGGGCCGGGCCCGUUCCGGGAGCAGCCCCCGCUUGCGGCAGAGCGGCCCCGCCUGCUGCCGCUGUCUCGUCUCGUUUUAUAAACGGUUUCGUUUGCUGUAA